AUGGAGAUUUUUAUUACGGAUAUGAAAGAUGACAGUGAGUACCACAAUGCUAUUAACUGUGAGAAUGCAUACUGGGAGCAUCCAAAAGAGGACGGACAGAAGAACCAACCACAAAGGGAAAUGAGCAGGCGCACAGAAAGAGUUAUAUGCAGACUCAUGACGCAAGGGAUAUAUUUUGCAAAUGCGUGGAGUAAAGCUGCACAGGAAGACAUAAAGGGGAACUCCGAGAACGAUAUAGAGAUUAAGGGAUUAAUAAGGUGUACAAUAGUAGACGUAUAUAACGACAUACUGCGGGCAAAUGCAUGCGAAGGUCACUGGGGUACAUAUUACGCCUGGUACACAACACAAAUAAUGGGAAAUGCGUUAGAAAAUCAAUUAGGAAGACAGAAUUGUAAGAAGGGAAAGUACAAGACUAUAGAAUUGAACACUUGGAACAUUAGGAAUAAGAUGAAGACAUGGCUAAAGCAGGAUGCAAGCAUGCAGAAGAAACUUGCAAAGGAAAAACUAAGCGAUGGGUGUACGGGAGGAACCGUAAAGCUAGAGCUCGGAGGGAAACAGGAGGAACAAGACAAGAAGGAAGACAAACAGAAGGAACAUGAACUAAGGGAGGAGGUAACACAAAUUUUGAAUGACAUGAAGACAGACAUUGGAGAACAACAUGGAAUAUUAACAGAAUCACCUGAGACGGAAACCCCAGACCCUUCUGUGGACGACGCAGACGACAACAAGGAUGCCGCGAUAGAGAAAGAAAUGAAACAAGGAAUCGAGCGAGUGCAGGAAAUAUUACACGAACUGAUAGCGGAGGUAGCCGCAAAAGCAGCCGCCGACAUCGCAGCAACCACACCACCAAAGGUACCGACAGGUAAGGACAGAUGGGAGAAAGAACGAACGCGCGACCCGCUACGUACCGUAUUGCUCAAUAUGGAUGCCGCCAACAACAACAAAAACGCACACGCGGGCGGAACAGCACCCCCUCGUUAA